CUGCUGAUAUUCCUGGAAUUACUACAACACCUUUAACUUGAUUUCGUCUCAAACACACACGCACGCGGGCGGAGGGAAAGGUGCACCAGUUUACACUCAAGAGAGCAGCUGGAAUUCACGGAGAUCUGACACGACUAUUCCCACAGUGGGAAUACUGCGGACCUCUGAUUAUCAGCACUGAUGGAGGAGUGCACUGCACAUUGGAAACGCAUCCAGAAGCAGUUUUAAAGGAAUUUGACUUUCAAUAGGGGCUGCUUUAGCACUUUCACCUUGUGUUUUUACGAUUCUGAGAUCCCACAAGUACUGUACAUUACGUAUUUUAAACCUUUUAACUGUGAUACAGCUGCAAGCAGAAUAAUUCAGCCUGCAGUAACCGCACGAGUUUGUGUUCAGCGACUCCAGGGACUAAGAAUCAGCGGGAAGCAUAUGUAUCUACUGGACUUAAUGGAUUUAUUUUAAGUAACACAAGGAAUGUAAUUUAAAUAUGGAAAUUGCAGAAGGACUGUAAGCGUGCACCGAGUGGAUCUGCAGAUUAGAAAAUCGGAAGUUUCUCAGUGUCAGGAUGGAAUUUGUACAGAUUGCCCUUCUCGUUUUGGAGAUAAUUGCAUUCACAGACUGCGCCAGGGGUCCGCCGAGAAUUGCAGACAAGGUAAUCCAUCGCCAGACGGUAAGAACUGGCCGAACCAUGAAGUUGCUGUGCCCAGUUGAAGGAGACCCCCCGCCACUCACCAUGUGGACCAAAGACGGGCGCACCAUCCAUAGCGGCUGGACGAGGUUCCGUGUGCUCCGGCAGGGGCUCAAGAUCAAGGAGGUGGAGGUGGAAGAUGCCGGGACCUACAUCUGUAAGGCUACCAAUGGCUUCGGCAGCAUCAACAUCAACUAUACACUCAUUGUGAUUGAUGACUCAAACUCAGGAAAGGAUGGUGCCGGGAUCCCAGAAGGGGGUGAAGCAGAGUAUACAAAUGAGGACAUGUCAGGGAAACAAUGGGUGCGUCCGAGGUUCACUCAGCCUGCAAAGAUGCGACGGAGGGUGAUUGCGCGGCCUGUGGGGAGCUCGAUCCGACUGAAGUGUGCGGCGAGCGGGAACCCGCGGCCCGAAAUUGCCUGGCUGAAGGACAGCAAGCCACUGACAGCCCAGGAGGUCGGGGAAAGCCGCAAGAAGAAGUGGACACUGAGCCUCAAGAACCUGGAACCCGAGGACAGCGGCAAGUACACCUGCCGAGUCUUCAACCGCGCUGGGGAGAUCAACGCCACCUACAAGGUGGAAGUUAUUCAGCGCACAAGGUCGAAACCCAUCCUGACUGGCACCCACCCUGUGAACACGACUGUGGACUUUGGCGGGACCACCUCGUUCCAGUGCAAGGUCCGUAGCGACGUCAAGCCCGUCAUCCAGUGGCUCAAGCGCGUGGAGAACGGCAACGAGAACAAAUACAACUCCACUAUCGACGUGGGCGAAUACAAGUUUGUGGUGCUGCCCACAGGGGAAGUGUGGUCUCGCCCUGACGGCUCUUAUUUGAACAAGUUGAUGAUAACCCGGGCCAAGGAGGAAGACGCCGGGAUGUACAUCUGUCUGGGAGCCAACACUAUGGGCUACAGCUUCCGUAGCGCCUUCCUCACUGUCCUGCCAGACCCGAAGCCGCACGUUCCACCUGUGGUGGCCUCCCCGUCCAGCAGCCUUCCCUGGCCCGUCAUCAUCGGGAUCCCUGCCGGGGCCGUUUUCAUCUUGGGGACGAUCCUGCUGUGGCUCUGCCAGACCAAGAAGAAGCCCUGCUCUUCCCCAUCCUCAGCAGCUGCAGUGGCAGCUCAGUCCGUCCACCGCCAGCCCCCCCCGAGAGAGCGUAUCUGCCUGCCGCAGGUGCCUGACAAAGACUGUGGGAGCUCCAUGCACUACGAGGAGUAUUUAGCCCAGCAGCAGCAUCUGCUAACCCAAGGACCUAUCCUAGCCCCGACCACAGCUCCUAAAAUGUACCCAAAGAUUUAUACAGACAUCCACACGCAUACUCAUCAGCAUGUGGACGGGAAGAUUCACCAACACCAGCACAUUCAUUAUCAGUGUUAGGUGAUGCUUCUUAAAAAUAAAAAGGCCUUAACUGCAUCCCUCUACCCCCUCUCUCCGCAGUGUCCCUCCUUGUGUGAUACCUCAAACAGACAAGUACAAGGCCAGCCACCAGCAGGCCAUGAGCUGGACAAAUAAGACUAUGUGAAUAUAUUUGCAUUGAGGGUGGCAGGGAUGCAGGGGAUGGGAUAAUGAAGGAAGUCAUAUCUGGGAAAGAAAAGAAAAAUGUAAUUUGCUGAAAUUACACUUUACACAUUUUAAUGCUUUUGUAAUUCAAGGAGCAACCAAAAGCUGUGGCUUAUAUUAAACACACAUAUUUUUGGCUCAGCAGAAUCUUGGUGAAAUGGAGAUCUUAUACAGCACAGGUUUGUUUGGCAUAAAUGUUUGUUUUUAUGGCAUAGAGUUGAUCUAAAAAAAAAAGAAAAAAUAAACUGCCCUUCUUGAGAAGCCAUUUUUACCCUUUGAAGGCAACACAAAUUCAAUGAGCAACUAAGGGAUUAUGCCAAAAAAUUAUAAAGUUGUUUUGGAAAGUAUAUGCAGAAAUAUUUUCCCUUACAACACACCCACACACAGGCACACACACACACACACGCACACACACACACACACACACGCACACACACGCACGCAC